AUGCUGGUCGACCACUUCGCCGCCGAUCACCAGCGCCCCGCCGUCACGGUCCGUUACGGCCGGUCUUGGAGACUGAGCUUCUCCCUGUCACACGGCUGGCACCUGCUCGUCGAGGAGGAGGACUGCAACGUGUUCCUCGUCUCCCUCCGCCCGCUCGGUGAGGGCACCGCCGUGUCAUUGAUGUGCAUCAGGCCGGACGGCGAGGCCGAGACAGGGCCCCGGUUCUGGUGCAAGCUCUCCAUGGAGCGCCGUGGCGGCGACAAAGACUACAACCUAGUCCUCAUGACCUCGCCAGUGAGCAGCAACGCGCUGUCCACGGGCGCAUCGGGGUCGGGCCAGGUAAUGUUCUUGGUGGCGCCCCAGGAGCUGCCCUUCGGCGACACGAUCACACUCAGUGCCCGGAUCGAUUUGAUCCCACCUGCCGCCGUCGGUCCCAAAUCAACUACACCACAGGCUAGGGCGCCGAGGAGGAUGCAUGAAGCUGGACCCGAUGCUCAAAGAACCCUAAAAUUCAAACCGAAGGUGAUAAUGUGGACAAAGUCACAUUUCAAAGAGUCUUCAGAGACGGGCCAAGUUGUAUGUUAUUGUGUAUCAAACUGGGGACAGAGGAUCAUCCUUCUUUCAAAGUUUGUAUUCAUGGUUCACAUAAAUCGUGCGAUGGAGAACGCCGGCGAGCCGAGCAACAAGAAAUCGAGGUUGCAGGAGGAGGAGCCCAUGGCGGUGAAGCAGGAAGGGCUAGAGAGGAGGCAGAGCCAAGGCGGCGAAGGUGCGCUGUUGGCGGUGGAGGACGAAGCCAUGCAGGUUCCAUGGGUGGCCGCGGAGGUGAACCCGCUCUUCUAUCUCUGCUUUGCAUGCCAACUCCCACUCAGGCCUCCUGUGCACCAGUGCGAGGGCGGCCACAGGGUGUGCGGCAGGUGCCAUGGCGACCGCUGCACGUCGUGCGACCCGCCGACGGCCUACAUUCCCUUCCCCUUCAUGGACGACGCGCUGCGCGCCGUGCAGCUGCCGUGCUGCUACAAGGCGGACGGCUGCGGGAGGAAGCUGAUGUACCACGAGGCCGCCGACCACGCGCUGCAGUGCGCCUUCGCGCCCUGCCACUGCCCGGGGCACGGCUGCAGCAUGUGGGCCUCCCCGCCGGCCCUCCUCGACCACAUCGCCGCCGCCCACUCCUGGCCCGUCACGGAGGUCAGCUACGGGACCCCGUUCAGGAUCGCCGUGCCGCCUCCGUGGCGCGGCGGCGGCACGCACCUCCUCGUCGAGCGGAACGACCCGCGCCUGUUCCUCGUCACCCUGUCCGAGUUCGGCGAGGCCACCGCUGUGUCGGUGGUGUGCGUGCGGGAGGGCACGGCGGCGGCGGCGCCCCGCUUCAGGUCCACGGUCUGGGCUGAGGUUGCCAGCAACACGGAGGAGAAUUUGUUUCGUCGUCUGUCCACGGUGCCGAGCAGCAGCAGCGGCAAUCUUCCCGGUGAAAGGCCGCCGGUGUGCCUGCUGGUGCCACCGGACUUUGGGAGCGAGAGCGAAGACCUCUUCCUCGGUGUUCGCAUUGACAAGCUCUGA